AUGCCUUACAAAAUAGUGCAAACGAUCGAGCGAGGUGAAACCUGCCUAACAGUGGUUCCGUCAGGAUGGGAGGAAAAAGGUACUCUACAUUGGCCAAAAAAGAAUGUGGUUGCUAAACUGUCAGCCGAUGAAUUUUCUGUGCCAUCGCCGAAAUGGGAACGAAUGGACUGCGUAAGAAAAAGAGAAUUCAAAACUCGUGCCGAAGCUGAAAGGGAGUUGGAACGUAUGGAAGCUGUAUCUGAUACGGAAGCGGACGAAUCUUCCAUUGCGCCGCCUUCCAAGAAAAGCUGCCUCGGAACAAAUCAAAGCGGAAAAAACACGGUAAAAGACUUCAAUAGCCUUUUUUUAGUUCCUGGUCAGGAGGUCAACACCGAAGCUGAACUUGUUAACGAAGAGGUUCCGAACCAGAAUUGUACUAUGUCAACAGAAACUAUCAUGCUGUUUGCUCCUGGAACAACCGAAUGUGAACCUGGGUCAUCUGGCACGGUGUUUUCGCAGGGAUCAGUUCAGGUGACAAGUCAGCAGGACGUUAAUCUUGACCUCAAGGCUAAUCAGCAAACGAUUAUGGAGAACCAGCAAAUAAUUGUGAACAAUCAAAUCAAACUGAUGCAGGCGCUUGCAAAACUUCAGACUGGUGUCGAUUAUUUAAUGGAGAAUAAUAUGUUUGGCAACCAUCAGUCUAAAGAUCCUGCGAAGAUACUGCUGAAACCUGUGAACUCUCUGGCCGAACUUAUUGAUCUGGAAGAGAGUCUGAAAGAAGCCAAUACGAUUGAUAAGUACGUAGUCAACAUGGGAUUCAUCUGUGGAACUGACGGGAAGGCAUCAGGUAUGGACAGCUGCUAUAAACUCAUCGAUUACUUUAUUACGCGAGAAUUCAUGCAUUCAUGCUCGUGGACAGGAAACACCAAAGUUACUGACGAGAACAGUCCAAUAAGCACGCUGCAGACUGCACAAUCUGAAGCUACUGGGAAGAUUCCCUUGAAGUUUUACGUACAUUUUCGUUCGCUGUUCUUAAAACUCAUUCGCAUGGCUGACAAGGAUUUCACGGAGAUGAAAUGUGAUGAGUUUUUCAAACGUGUAAUGAAAAACAGCAAGGCAAGACUACUCGCAAAAUCUUCAUCAAAGCAUAAAAACCGUCCUUGCAACCUCAAGUAUAAGUCACGGAAAGUAGAGGCCACAGAUGGAAUAAGUUUGGAGAAAGAAGACUUCGAAAAAGGAUCCGAGCAAACCACCGUUCAAAAUUUGCUGGAACAAACACAGCAGGUUUAG